AUGAGUUCAAAGCAUGAAGAAUGGCGGCGCACACAGCUCCCAUUCGGCGGGGUCUUUAAGGCACAGUUCAACAUUGACGAUACUUUGUCGAACGAGGAAGCGGACUUGAAUAAGGCUACCAGCGACAUUAAACCUAGCCAACACGAAAUCUAUCGCCCAAGCAGCUCUGAUGGAAUACAAAGACUCCGGGAGAACCCCAUACGAGUCCAGGAAGGGAGCCCAUGGCACAUCUAUAAGAAAAGAUACGACCUGACAUUGGGCGAGAAUGUCCUCGUCAGCCAAUUAAGGACAACGGAGCCGAACUUGAACAGAAGGCUUUACGCGAUCAGAAGUUUUGAUGCGCCAGACGCCCGAAGAAAAGUCCAGAUUCUACAAAAGGUCAGACAUGAGAGCUUCAUUAACAUUUCCCACGUCUUCCUAGAAGGGCCGACGUGCUACACUAUUUCAGAGCUCGAUGAGAUAUCCCUCUUCGAAUUUUGCAAGCCUAAAUUCAAUCUUACGGAGACGCAGCUGGCCGCUAUUAUUUACCAGCUUUUACAAGGAAUCGAAUUCCUAUCCUCGCAAAACCUGCAACUGGGUUUAUUAACUUGUUCGCAUGUGGUUGUAUCUAGAUGGGGAGUCGUCAAGAUCGCCAAUCCCCAAGAUUGCUCCAGUCAAACAUCCCUUCAGAAGCAUCACGUUGCUGGGGACGCCCUACAGCUUCAGGGAAUUCUGCUGACACUUAUGGAGAAGUCGGAGCCUGAAGAACUCCCAGCGGAGCCCACCCGGCCCCAUAAGUGGUCCCCUUCCCUCGUCGAAUUCUCGAACUCGCUACCUUACCGAGGCCCUGCAGAGCUUCUUCAGGACCAUUUUCUCUUAGGAGCUCCUGAUAGGGCCGAACUAGCAUGGAUAGUCUCUCUGACGAAAAUUGCUGUUCAUAUCCGAUAUGAUUAUAAAUAG